UCGUUUCUUCUGAAACUAACUUAUCGAACAGAAUUCGUGAACAUGUGGAAAUGUGGGAGCAAAUCUCUGGUAAUAGACGAUAUUCGGAGCUAUCAAUUGGUCUUUACGGAAUUGACUACAACUUUUUGACUAUCCAUCGUGUGGAGAUCUUCAGUCUGGUAUUUACAUGUUCAAAAAUAUCUUAUAAAAUGCAGAAACAGAGAUACAACAGUAGAGAAUAUUCUUUUCUCGAAACAAGAGAAGUGACAUUCCAAGAGCCAAAAAACAUUUUUCCACCAAGUGGUGAAUUGGUUGUUCUCCAUCGCCAUAUGGGAAGAGGAAGAGGGCGGUUUGGAAAGUUAUGAACUUUAUCAUUUUAAAUAAAAACAUCGGUUUUCAGCCCUGACGGAUCGUUCGGAUGAACUUGUGCGCAAGAGCACCUACGAACGUCACAUAGAUAGCCUACAAUGGACCGCGUAAGGUUUAUGCGUGAACUUUCCACUCAGUGUUUAUGCAGUAGUGACUUGCUGCACAUCAUAAAUUUCAUCAGAUAUAAUUAAGGACCAUUACGAAUGAACGUAAAAAUACAGGAGGCAAAUAGUUCGCCGAAGGUACGAAGAACCUGAAAAUACGUUGUAUCUGGAUUGUGACUUGUACAGGAGUCGAGUAGGUAUUCUCUUCUCAAGAGAUCAUCGCUGUCGUCAUCCUCGAUCUUUUCAACACAAAAAAAAUUUAAUAGUGGCGACGGAGAUGAAAGCAGUACGGAAAGGUCGUGAAAAAAAGGAGGAGCUUGAGGAUGUCGCGGACGUUUUAGGGGGUUCAACCGCGGCAACGAGCAUCGCCUUGGCUGGUCGCCACAGGCCUGAGGAAUUAGCUACUUUAGCUAAAACCACCAGAUUCACUAGGAAGGAGAUUCAACUCAUUUAUCGUGGCUUCAAACAGGAGUGUCCAACUGGUCUUGUUGACGAAGAGGGAUUCAAACAGAUAUUCUCCCAGUUCUUCCCUCAGGGCGAUGCCAGUCAGUAUGCUCACUAUGUCUUCAAUACGAUGAAGCGAAAGCCAUCUGGAAAAAUAAGUUUUGAGGAAUUUCUUUCAAUUCUAUCGAAAGUAUCGCGCGGAUCUGUUGAGGAGAAACUCCAGUGGGUUUUCGGUCUUUACGAUUUGGACGGCGAUGGUUUAAUAAGUAAAGAAGAGAUGCUCGAUGUUGUUGGCUCUAUAUAUGAAAUGCUAGGUCGUUAUACUCAGCCACAGAUAGCAGAGCCUCAGCUGGCAGCGAGGGAGCACGUUGACCGAAUAUUUCAUCUGAUGGAUACAAAUAAAGAUGGAGUUGUUACAAUUGAGGAGCUUGUAACGUGGUGUUCAAAGGAUGAACAACUAUUACGGAGUUUAGAUACACUUGACACAGUAUUAUGAAAAUUUAUCAGUCAAACGAGGGAGGAGAAAGUUCUAUUUAUUGUACAUUCAUUAUAAUAUUGUUACAAAUCGGGUUAACAAAUUAACGUAUCGCAUUGUGCCACACCAGUGGCAUGAUGUUUAUUAUUCAAUAACGCAUUUCUCAUGGGUGAACAAUCAACUAUAUAAUAAUAGAAAGGUUGAGAGCUGUAUUUUGAGAGAAACGGCUACUGAAUGAAGAAUUAUCGAAAACACACGUAUAAUAAUGAGGUACUAUGUAUUUAAAUCUCCUAAAAUUUUAUCGAAGUGCACUCAACCGGUUUUCAUAGGAAAUUCGCACCUAUAUCGUAGUCAAAUGUUAUCAAUGAGCAAUAGCUAUUCUUUGUAAAAUCAUCGAAAAUGCCAAUCAACUUUAAUUCAACAGAUAUGACAUAUUCUGUGCUAAAUCGAGGGAUUCAUCAUUUUUGCCUUUUUACAAAUUCACACAAAAAUCUAAUUUUUAAUCUGAUCGAAAAAUUUUAUUAGUGUCAAAUUAAAAUUGAUUGAAAUUAAAUCCCACGUUGUGUGUAUUUGUUUUUCAUAUCUUUAAUGUGGAAUACUUUACAGAGAUUCCAAAUAAUUAUGAAGAUUGUGAUAAAGUAGGAAAGUUUACUUGAGUUAUUAUUCUGCUGCAUUUAUAUAGUUGUCGUCGAUGCUGAAUGCAGCUUCUUUCGAAUUUCUCUUAAUAUCAAAUUUUGGAAUAUAAGAAUUUUUCUUAAAAUUAUUAUCAGAAGAAUAAUGAAAGAUACCGUAGGGAAGAAACUAUGUAUAAUCACUCCUACAGAGUUUAUUUCAGUCGAAAUUGAAAUUUCAUAUAUUAUUGUAUUGAGGAUUGAAAAAUAUACAUUAUUCUGAAUGAUGGAUAA